AUGGCGUAUAUAUAUUCGUUGAAAUCUGGAAAUUGGAAGAUUGUUAACCGAUUUCCUCAAGGUCUUCGAGUGGAAGGUAAUGGUACCUUUUUGAAUGGAGCUCUUCAUUGGUUAGCUGGUGGAUCAGAAACUCGUGGGUAUUAUUUGAGCAGUGUAGUUACUUUUGAUUUAGCGACAGGAGACUUUUUGUGGAAUUUCCCAACCUCUCAUGGGGAUUUGUGGGUGAUGAAGGUUCAUGGAGUGACAAACUCUUGGGUUAAAUUGUUUUCCAUACCAUAUCCAACUGAUCUUAUGAGAAAUCCAUUUGAUGCAUUUUUUGCGCCCUUGUGUAUUUUAGAUGAUGGGAAAAUUUUGCUGCAAUUCGGGUCAAUAAUGGUUCUGUAUGAUUUGAAGAAUAGAUCAUUAUCAGAGAUUCAGAAAUUUGAUAAAUGGCAUAAUGCAAUUACCUUUGUUGAGAGCUUGGUUUCACCGAAUUCCCUAGCAGUUGUUCCCUGA